AUGACACUGUGCAAGUGCUUGCAGGCAGACUUGCUGUAUGCAGGUGCCACGUGGCGUUUUCUUUUGCCUUUUUGGGUCUUUGUCUCAUUAUUUCUUUUCCUUUUAAAGGCAAAAAUAUGUCCAAAUGAGAAGUCAAUUGCUUUUGUUGAUACUACUAGUCUCUAUCUGCUUUGCAAUGGUGCAGAACAAGUUAUUGGUCUUAACCUUACUGAUGCCUGGUCCUCGGGCAGUAUCAAUGCCUUAGCAGAUCUUAAGUUUCUCUCUGUUAUUCUUGAUUUUAACAAUUUAUCUGCGGCUCCAUUUCCAGACUUCUUUCCGGACUUAUCCAAUCUAACUGUCUUGAGUCUACACGCCUGCAGCUUAACAGGAGAAUCACCUCAGAAGAUAUUCCAGAUACCAACUCUGCAGAUAAUUGACUUAAUAGGUCAUAAUGAUAUGCUUGGGUGUUCCUUACCUGAAUUUCCUUCAAAUGGAUCUCUACAAAAACUGGCCCUUAGUUAUACACAGUUUUCAGGAACUUUACCCAAAUCCAUUGAGAACCUUAGGAUGUUGUCACAUCUUGACCUUUCUAGCUGCAAGUUUACAGGCCCACUUCCAUCUUCUAUGGCAAACCUUACCCAGCUUGUCUACCUUGAUUUGUAUCUGAACCGCUUCACUGGUUCAUUGCCAUCGUUACCCAAAAAUCUGUCUCACUGGGAGAAACUUGAAUACCUUGACUUGCACGAUAAUUCACUUUCUGGAAUCAUUCCAGCAUCAUUGUUUUCCUUACCGUCCCUAAAGAGUUUACAUCUGUCUAACAACUUUUCUGGCCAAAUAUCUGAUCAAUUACAAAACGUGAAUUCUCCAUUAACAAAAAUUUACUUGAUUGCCAACAACUUGGAAAGGCCACUACCUGAGUUCCUUCUUGAGCUAAAACAUGUUGAAGCACUCUCACUUUCAUCCAACAAUGGUACUGUGAAGUUGGACAAGUUCACAAAGCUUCAGAACCUUACAACACUUGACCUCUCAUGCAGCGGUUUAUCAGUUGACACAAAUAUCAGUAAAUCAGAUAUUGCCUUGCUUCCCCUGUUUAGUUCCUUAAAGUUGGUUUCUUGCGAUCUGCAGAAUAUUUCUUUCCUUAAGAACCAAUCCAGUUUGAUAAACCUACAUCUGUCAGACAGUCAUUUUAAAGGUGAAAUACCAAACUGGAUAUGGGGAAUUACUGACAAAUCUCUCUAUGUUCUAAAUCUAUCUCUUAAUCAAUUCACACAUUUCCAAGAACCUUAUAUAAUUCCCAACAAUCUAUCAAGCCUAGACCUAUACUCAAAUCUUCUCACUGGGGAAAUUCCAUUACUACCUCGUUCAGCGUUCUCUGUGGACUUGUCUAGCAAUAAAUUUGCUACUUCAAUCCAACCUGAUUUUGGUAAUUAUCUCUUGAGUGCCCAGUUCCUAUCAGUUGCUAACAACACAAUCAGUGGCGCUAUCCCUGAUUCAAUUUGUAAAGCAACCGGUCUUGAAGUACUUGACUUGCCUAGAAAUAGUUUGACCGUAAGGGUGCCAACGUGUUUAGCUGAACAAAUGACCGGACUGAAAAUAGUGAACUUAGGAUGA